AUGAGUGGACUCGAGAAAUCGCUCUUUCAGCUAAAGUUCACGGCCAAGUCGCUGCAGCGGCAAGCCAACAAGGCGAGUCGUGACGAGACGAGCGAGAAGGCGAAGCUCAAAAAGGCGCUUGCGCAAGAUAAUGUCGAAGGGGCGCGGAUCUAUGCUGCGAACUCGAUCCGCAAGAAGAACGAGUCGCUGAACCUGCUGCGCCUCAGCAGUCGCAUCGAUGCGGUGGCUAGCCGCGUGGAGACGGCGGUGGCCAUGCGCCAGGUCACGGGCAAUAUGUCGUCGGUCGUCAAAGGGCUCGAUCGUGCGAUGCAGAGCAUGGACCUCGAGCGGAUUUCCGCCGUGAUGGACAAGUUUGAGAACCAGAUUGAGGACGUGGACGUACAGACGUCGUACAUGGAGUCGACGAUGGGCUCGACGACGGCGUCCGGCAUGCCCCAGGACCAGGUCGAUACGCUGAUGCAGCAGGUUGCCGACCAGAACGGCAUCGAGAUGCACCAGCAGCUCGGCGAGGCGGGCCUCGAAGGCAAGGUCGCCGAGCUGCCCACUGGCCAGCCCGAGAAGCAAAAGGCACAGGCCAGCGCGGACCCCGACGAGGCUCUCGCGCAGCGGCUGCGCGCUCUGCGCCCUGCUACAUAA